AGCUAUAAUGUCAAGUGAAAUUGUGUCCUCAAAUCCCACUAUUGAUGCUUAUGAAUAUCUUCAGAUUAUCAACAAUUCAAAUGGCACGAUCACACGUAACCCCAACAGAUAUCCAAACACCUUAGCUACACCUGAUCCAGACCACCCCACCCUAGUUCUCUCCAAAGAUAUCCACAUCAACCAAUCAAAAAACACUUGGGUUCGAAUAUUCAUACCCCGAAACACACCGGAUACUUUCUCAAACAAAAAACUACCCCUCCUAAUAUACUACCAUGCGGGAGGGUUCAUACAUUGUAGUGCAGCCUCAACAAUUUUUCACAAUUUUUGCACAAAAAUUGUGAUUGACCUCCACGUGGUCAUCGCAUCAGUCGAGUAUCGGCUCGCUCCGGAGCAUCGACUGCCAGCUGCAUAUGAUGAUGCUGUGGAAGCGUUGCACUGGAUCAAAACCACCCAUGAUAAGUGGUUGAAAGAGUAUGCUGAUUUCUCCAACUGUUACAUUAUGGGAAGUAGCUCAGGGGGUAAGAUAGCCUACCACGCAGGACUACGUGCAGCUGCAGAAGUGGACCAUUUUGAGCCGUUGAUGAUGAUCAAAGGGCUCAUAUUGCACCAACCAUUUUUUGGUGGGACCCAGAGAACUGGGUCAGAAUUGCGGUUGGUCAAUGACCCUAGGCUGCCCCAAAGUGUCCUUGAUCUGAUGUGGGACAUGUCCUUACCAAUCGGGGUUGACCGUGAUCACAAGUAUUGCAAUCCAACGGUGAUGGGUGGGUCAGAACUCUUGGACCAGAUCAAACGGCUGGGGUGGAAGGUUUUGGUAACUGGCUGUGAUGGGGACCCACUAAUUGAUCGUCAAAUUGAGCUGGUCAAAAUGUUGGAGGCAAAGGGUGUACAAGUAGUGGGUCAUUUUAGUGUAGGAGAUUAUCAUAUGGUGCAUGUCACUGAGCCCUCCAAGGCUGAGGCACUGCAUGCAGUGCUUAAAGGAUUCAUAUUUUCUUAGGUAGCUACUUAGAAAUGAUAGCUGGUGGUGUUCAUUUAUUAAUGAUUGCUUUCAGUUAAUACAAAAAUCAACAAAAUCUGGCUUAUAGCUCAUAACAAUAAGCAAAUUAAGCAAUUUGUAUGUU